CUGAAGGGGAGGAGGAGGUAGAAGGAGAGAGAGGAGGAGGAGGAGGAGGAGGAGGAGGAGGAGAGGGGAGAUGGCGCUGGCGUUCGACGAGUACGGGCGGCCCUUCAUCAUCAUAAAGGAGCAGGGGCAGAAGGCACGGCUGCGGGGGCUCGAGGCGCAGAAGGCCAACAUCUCCGCGGGGAAGGCGGUGGCUCGGAUUCUUCGCACCUCCCUCGGCCCUAAGGGCAUGGACAAGAUGCUCCAGAGUCCAGACGGGGAUGUCGUCAUCACAAACGAUGGGGCAACAAUCCUGGAGCAGAUGGAUGUUGACAAUCAGAUUGCAAAGCUAAUGGUGGAACUAUCCCGUAGUCAGGACUAUGAAAUUGGUGAUGGUACAACCGGAGUUGUUGUUUUGGCUGGUGCGCUUCUUGAGCAGGCUGAGAAGCUAUUGGAACGUGGUAUUCAUCCUAUUAGAAUCUCUGAGGGAUAUGAAAUGGCCUCUAAGUUAUCUGUGGAGCAUCUUGAGAGCAUAUCACAGAAGUUUGAAUUUAGUGUUACCAAUAUAGAGCCUUUGGUGCAAACUUGCAUGACAACUUUAUCUUCAAAAAUUGUCAAUCGUUGCAAGCGUGCACUAGCUGAGAUUGCUGUUAAGGCAGUUCUUGCAGUUGCUGAUUUAGAGAGGAAAGACGUUAAUUUGGAACUAAUCAAGGUUGAAGGAAAGGUCGGAGGAAAAUUGGAAGAUACAGAGCUCAUAUAUGGAAUUCUUGUUGACAAGGAUAUGAGCCAUCCACAAAUGCCAAAAAGAAUCGAGGAUGCAAAUAUUGCUAUCCUGACAUGCCCAUUUGAGCCACCCAAGCCAAAAACAAAGCAUAAGAUUGACAUUGACACUGUUGAGAAAUUUCAAACUUUACGCCAGCAGGAGCAGAAUUACUUUGAUGAUAUGGUCCAAAAAUGCAAGGAUGUUGGUGCAACCCUUGUUAUCUGUCAAUGGGGUUUUGAUGAUGAAGCAAACCAUUUAUUAAUGCAUCGGAAUUUGCCUGCUGUUAGAUGGGUUGGUGGUGUUGAAUUGGAAUUGAUUGCUAUAGCUACAGGUGGGAGGAUAGUUCCAAGGUUCCAGGAGUUGACAACUGAAAAGCUGGGAAAGGCUGGAUUAGUUAGAGAGAAAUCAUUUGGAACUACCAAGGAUCGGAUGCUGUAUAUUGAACACUGUGCUAACUCCAGAGCUGUAACAAUUUUCAUUCGUGGUGGUAACAAAAUGAUGAUAGAAGAAACUAAACGUAGUCUUCAUGAUGCACUUUGUGUGGCUCGGAAUCUGAUCCGGAACAAUUCUAUUGUAUAUGGUGGUGGCUCUGCUGAAAUUUCUUGCUCAAUUGCUGUAGAAGCUGCUGCAGAUAGAUAUCCUGGGGUGGAGCAGUAUGCUAUCAGGUCAUUUGCUGAAGCUUUAGAUUCUAUUCCUAUGGCUCUUGCUGAGAACAGUGGCCUUCCACCUAUUGAUACUCUUACCGCAGUCAAAUCUCAGCAAAUUAAGGAAAGUAAUCCAUAUUGUGGCAUAGAUUGCAAUGAUGUUGGGACAAACAAUAUGAGAGAGCAGAAUGUCUUUGAGACGCUGAUUGGCAAACAACAACAGAUUUUGCUUGCAACACAAGUCGUAAAAAUGAUUUUGAAGAUUGAUGACGUAAUCACUCCGGCUGAGUACUGAUUUUGGUGAUGAAGAUUUUGAGCAAAGAAAUAUCUCUAUCAUAAUUUGCUAUUGCUAAAUGGUUUAAAUUUCCGUGUUGCAUCUAAGAAUUCUAAUGGCUUGAUUUUUGUGCUUUCUUCGUUAAUUUGAGUGACUUUUUUUUGUAAUGAUUUUGUUAUAAGUUUAUUAAUGGGUCUGAUCUGUAUCUGUAUCAUGCUACACUUCCAUCAAGGGGAAGAUGGGUGACUGUUUCCUACGAUUGGAUAGACAUCUGUAGAUCUGGAUCAGAUGCAUUGCGAGAUUCUUGGAUGUUGUUUUCUCGGAAUUUGAUACCAUUUCUUUUUUCUCUCA